CAUGUCACCGCCCUCCGCGGCGCCACCGUUGCCUCGCGCUUCCUGCCCGUCUAAGUAACCGUCACUGAACAUCGCUGUUCCGGCUACGUCGCUAUGAAUCCUUCCCAAGGCUUAGCGGCUCCUCGGCUACACGGCUGAUAGUGUUGACCUAAGACCGUGACGUUAAGAAGCUCGUCGCUUGGGAGAUGGAAGUACCUUACUUGGGGAUAAAUGGGCGCGUUAUGUAUCUCGGGAAUCUAAAAAGUUCUUGCUAUUCGUUGAGUUAGGAAGAGGUUUGUCUACGGAGUCACCCGGAGGCAGAGAUGUAUCCAGCGGAUCAGACACCAGGUCGCGGCCCGCGGAGUGAGGAGCGCGAGCACGGACGGAGAGAACCAGAGGACAAUAUCGCGCAGCCGCAAAGAAAAUCCACGUCAGACAUCGACACUACAUCUUCUCCCACCUCGCCAACAACCGAGCGAGCGAGCGCUGCCUCGCGAUCGAAUUACCACCAUCCUACUACCCGGCCAGAGUCCGACCAACCCGCUUCGUCUCGAACGUCUGCGUCGUUUCAGGGCCAGCAGCGGAAUUCCUGGUCGCAGCCAGAAAUAAGACGCGUGAGCGGCCAAUUCAACGCGCCGACGCAUAUCGAAAUCGAGCGGCACAAGGAUCGCAGCAAGAGCAGGAUGGGCGUGAAGGAGAUCAGGCGGUUGGGGAAGUGGAUACGAUAGGAGGCGGGAUGGAAAGACCUUGAAUGGUCGGUGGAGAGUGCUGUACAGUACAACUGAGAAGUUUCUAGGAUCCCAUGUACUGUACUUUACAGCGCACCCCUAGUUAUUAGAAAGCACACGCCAGCUUCCCGCUUGCUCUACCU